AUGAACACCCCAAAAUUUAUACUUCUCGUAACUUUUAUUCUUUCUAUUCUCGGGGUUCCUUCAUUACAACUUGAAGAGGAAAAGAAAAGUCCAAAAAACUCUUCAGAAGCUCAAAAACCUCCA